UUUAAAUAGCAACCAACAGUCUUUUGCUUGAUACGAACGAAUAAGCGUCAGUUGCGUGGAAGUUCCUCAAUUGGAGAAGACGGAAGGAAAAAAAAACUACGAGGCCAAAAUGGGUGACUGGACCUACGGAAUUUGUGGCUGCUUCAAUAACUUUGGAGUCUGCAUCAUUUCGUACUUUCUGCCGUGCGUAACAGCUGGGAGAAAUGCAGAGAAGGCCGGCAUGGGCUCCUGUCUGUACUGCGGAGUCAUGUCCAUGCUUGGCUGUGUCGGCUGGUAUGUGGUGGCGAAGACUAGAGAGGAGACACGUGGGUUAAGGGGCAUAGACGGUUCUCUCUGCGGUGACCUACUGAUGACCUUGAUCUGCCCCUUCUGUGUGGUCGUCCAGACGGCACAGGAACUGGAAUUGACAGAGGGUAGCCCACAAUCCAUUGCGAGAGAGUAGCGACCACAUCCGGGUUACACAGAGAGUCAAUGGUGACCUCUGCAUCUGACCUUCACUACAUCUUUGCUUGUGGCAGUGAAUGUGUGCAGCUAGUAUU